GUAAUUGGAACUGAAUAGAAAUAGACUACUUAACAGUUGGAUUUGUUUGCUUUGUUGAAUUUUUUAUCAAGUUUCUAAGUUGGUUUAUCGUACUACGGUAUUUUUUUUUUUCUAGAAAAAUAAGUGUUUCCCCGUUUUGAUUGGUUUUCAAUAAUCAAAAGUUUUUGAAACAUCUGCCUGAUACCAACUUGUAGGGAAUUAUAAAUCACGAUUCCACAUCUCAUUACACCCAUUUUAAGAUAAUUUAAUUGCAAAAGCAUGUCUUGGGAAGGAUUUAAGAAGGCAGUUGUUAGAGCCGGUGCAUCCGUCACAGUUAAGGAUGUAGACAAGACUGUUGAUAAGGACUUUGAUAUUGAAGAAAGAAGAUACAAAACCUUGAAAACAGCUGGUCAAAACUUGCAAAAAUCUUCAAAGGGUUAUUUGGACUCCUUAAGAGCAGUGACGGCGUCUCAAGUGACAAUUGCUGAAACUGUAUCUAAUUUGUAUGAAGAAUCCAAGCAAGGAGGUGGUACUUUAUACUCUCAAGUUGGAAGUUAUUAUUUACAAUGUGUUAGAGAUUUUGAUGAAGAAACAGUGAAACAAGUGGAUGGACCAUUUAGAGAAACCAUCUUGGACCCAGUUACAAAGUUUGCUAAUUAUUUUGCAGAAAUUGAUGAAGCCAUCAAGAAGAGAACACAUAAAAAGACUGAUUAUGAUCAAUGUAAAGCAAAAGUGCGGAAAUUAAUUGAUAAACCAGCCAAAGAUGCUGGUAAAUUACCAGCAGCAGAAAAGGAACUUACAAUUGCCAAGUCAAUCUUUGAAGAUUUAAAUGAGCAAUUAAAGGCUGAAUUACCUCUUUUAAUUUCCCUUAGAGUUCCAUUUUAUGAUCCAUCUUUUGAAAGUUUGGUUAAAAUUCAACUUCGUUUCUGUACUGAUGGAUAUGCUCGUUUAGCACAAGUUCAACAAUAUCUUGAUGCCGCCUCUCGGGACGAUUACGCCAAUGGACUCCUUGAUGGAAAGAUUGAUGACCUUCUUGUUCAAAUGAACAGUUUAAACAUUGCUACAUUGGGUCAAAAGUAGAGAGAAUGAGGGAGUAAAUGUAGAUAAUAUACGUGGCAAAAUUUCAUAUGGAGC